AGGAGGAGGAGCAGGGGUAGACCGGUGCAGACAGACAGCCUGGUUGGUUGCUGUUAGCUGGAGGAGCUGCUCCACUAGUCUCCGACAGACGGACCAACUUGAUCGGACUGAACCUGCGACGCAAGCCGCUGCUGCUGCUGCUGCUCAGUCCUCCACCGGCAGCGACCAGCCACUCGUCUGCCUGUCUGUCUGGGAGUUUAUCCAGCUAGUUGUAUAUGAAAGACAACCUGUAAUGUUAGGGCAUUAAACCAGAGUCCUGUGACUAGUAGUUUAUUGUUGUUAAAGAUGUCCAUCCUGCCGUUCACUCCCCCCAUCGUGAAGAGGCUGCUCGGCUGGAAGAAGGGAGAGCAGAACGGCCAGGAGGAGAAAUGGUGCGAGAAAGCUGUGAAGAGUCUGGUGAAGAAGUUGAAGAAGACGGGACAGCUGGACGAGUUGGAGAAAGCCAUCACGACUCAGAACAUCAACACCAAAUGCAUCACCAUACCCAGAUCUUUAGAUGGGCGUCUCCAGGUCUCCCACAGAAAAGGUCUUCCUCAUGUGAUCUACUGUCGCUUGUGGCGCUGGCCAGACCUGCAGUCCCACCAUGAGCUGAGGGCUGUCGACCACUGUGAAUUUGCCUUCCACACCAAGAAGGAUGAAGUCUGCGUCAACCCCUACCACUACCAGAGGGUGGAGACACCAAUUUUGCCUCCUGUCCUAGUACCGCGACAUACAGAUAUCCCCGCAGAGUUCCCACCGUUGGAUGACUACAGCCCAUCCAUCCCUGAGAACACCAACUUUCCCGCUGGCAUUGAGCCCCAGAGUAACUAUAUUCCUGAAACUCCCCCACCAGGGUAUCUGAGUGAGGAUGGUGAGGCAAAUGAUCACCAGCUCAACCACAGCAUGGACACAGGUUCACCCAGCCUGUCGCCCAAUCCUGUGUCACCCGCAAACAGUAAUCUUGAUUUACAACCUGUGACGUACUGCGAGUCGGCCUUCUGGUGCUCCAUCUCCUACUAUGAGCUGAACCAACGUGUAGGAGAGACCUUCCACGCCUCGCAGCCCUCCCUCACAGUAGAUGGAUUCACAGACCCAUCCAACUCUGAACGCUUCUGUCUGGGCUUGCUGUCCAACGUGAACCGCAACUCAGCAGUGGAGCUCACACGCAGACACAUAGGACGGGGCGUGAGGUUGUACUACAUUGGGGGAGAGGUGUUUGCAGAGUGUCUCAGCGACAGUGCCAUCUUUGUCCAGAGUCCCAACUGCAACCAGCGCUACGGUUGGCAUCCUGCCACUGUCUGCAAAAUACCUCCAGGCUGCAACCUAAAGAUCUUCAACAACCAGGAGUUUGCUGGUCUGCUCGCCCAGUCAGUCAACCAGGGCUUUGAGGCUGUCUACCAACUCACCAGGAUGUGCACCAUUCGCAUGAGUUUUGUCAAGGGUUGGGGAGCUGAGUACAGACGUCAGACAGUGACCAGCACCCCCUGCUGGAUCGAACUGCAUCUCAAUGGCCCUUUGCAGUGGCUGGACAAGGUCCUCACACAGAUGGGCUCUCCCAGCAUCCACUGCUCCAGUGUGUCGUAGGAGCAGUGCAUGUUUCCCAGAAACCCUCCUUCUUAUCCACACACUUACACACGAACCACAUAGGAAAACUCUGGCGUCUCUCAGUGAUAAUAAGGAAAGAGACGCCAUUCGUCAAAUCACUCCCCUCCCUCGCCGUCUCUAACAUUUCACCUCACACCUCUAGCACUUUCCUCCGUACCAUUUAGUGUCUCCAUUUGAUGGUUAUUUUUAGGACUUGUACAUUGUUUUCAUGUGUUCAACGGGCAGCCACAGGGUAUUUGCAAUAGUUUUCAAAAGGCUAACCACAUUUUCUUCAUUAUUCACUCGGACAUCAUGUCUAUGCUCACUGCUCAGUGUUGUCGUUUUUUUUUUUGUUUUAAAAAAAGGAGAUUGAAAUGUUCCCAAAUGUUUGGUCACCUUUUACAUGUUUCAAAACAUUUUUGAUUCUAUGAAUUAACUAAAAUACGCUAUCAUCACUGGUGUUUCAGUGUCCCAGUACCACUCUUUGUAAUCACUGAAUUAGGAGGCUUAUUUAUCAAUCGAACCAUAAAUUAACAUGAGAAAUGUCAUUGUGAGUAGUGAUUAAAUAGAAUGUAUUUAAUUAAUAUCUUAAGUACAAGGUACUUUGCCCAUAUUGAUUUACAUGUAUGAAUUAUAAACGUGUCAAUUAUCUGAUUGAUCAUGUAAUUGGUAUUUUAUCUAUUUUAAACAAAAAUAUAGACAUUAGCACCAUUGUUUCUUGAAAAGAACCCUUGUAUGAAAACUAUUUUGCUCAGUGAAAGAGACAUUUUAUAAGUUAUUUUUGCAUACUGUCCUGCAUGGGAAUAUAUUUUUUUUAUUGCCUCGAUUUGAUUGUACAUAAAUAUUUAUAGCUUGUGAUUUCUUGUAGUCAUGCAGCGCUUGAAACAGUUGACCUGACUGACCUCUGGCAUCAGUAGAUUCACAAAAACACUUUGCUUUAUAAUGACCCAAAACUUGACCUGCUUAAAUGCAGGCUUUUCUAACGCGGGUCAACUUAAGUGUGACACAUAGGAUUACUGUACCAGCUGUUACUGUUAUUUCAUAAUAGGGUAUGACAUACAGGUUGAACUGGUUGAAUUUAGGCACCCAUGUGACUUCAGUGUGAAGGGUACUCGCUAGCAGCAACCAUGGCAACGGCUCAUACAUCGAUGGCAUAUAGAGCAAAAGAUCAUAUUAGCAACUGUUAGCCAAUAAUACACUAUGCUCCUUGUGGGUAAAUGAUGCACUUCCAAUUUACUGUGUUGAUCAGUGUAACGCUUUAGUUCUAGUGGUAAUUUGCUUGUCUGGUAAAUACUGUAUAUUACAUGUACAUUGCUACAAUAUAAGGCAUGUGUAAUAUGCUCGCUGUCAUUGUCUAUGAAGCCACCAUGUUUAUCCUGCACUUACUUACAGUACAUGAGACUGAGUCACCAUGUAAUCUAUUUAAAACAGGUACACGGCGCUGAAAUACUGUGUACUACAGUGCGUUAGGUAGUUGGUAGAUCCGUAUCAGUACUUGUGUUCUUUGAUAUUCUUAGUUGGUGGUUUUCUGUUCCAAGUCUUAUGUACAUGUUUUUUUCAUGUAGCCUAAUAUUUGUUCUCAAAAUGACCAUUGUUUUGUUAUCUGUGAAAAUUGCAACCGAGUAAAAAGAUUUCAAGUCAG